UUGUUUUCGAUGUUCGCGGCACGAACUUGAAACAUACAUGCUUGGCGCCACCCAUACAAAGCAUGUUAUGAGCAUGUUAUGCCGUUGUACCAAGUGCAUAGGUAGCUGUUUGUGCAAGGAGUAGCCUAGGAGCCUAGGGCAGCCCAGACCUGCCAUCCGGCUGAACAUUGGGCGAGGAAGCGGCGUACACCGGCAUCAAGGAGCGAACGUCGACCCUCAACGCGGCUGCUCUGUGAUCCGGGCGCGACAUGGGCUGCGGCAGUAGCAGCGUGCAGCGGCCGCCGGAGGCACCCGUUAAGAAGGCGGAGCCACCAAAGCCGGCUGAGGCCCAAGAGUCCGACUCUACCUCACAUGGCGGAUCGAAAAAGUCCGGCUCCGCCGCCGCCGCACUCGCGGCAGCGGCCAACGGCGACGCCUCACAGCCGCAGCAGCUGCAGCAACCGCCGGCGCCCUCGCCCUUCGUGCUGCCCCCGCCCGGCUCCAACGGCCCAUCCCAGGCCGCCAGCAAAGCUGACGUGGGCGUGCCAUCUGAGGCAGCGGACCGCGCAACCGAACUCACCAAGCUCCUAGCCCUGCGCCAAGCGGAGGCGGAGGCCGAGGCGAAAGCCAAAGCGGAGGCGGAAGAGCAGCAGGCGGCGGAGGCGGCAGAGGCGGCGGAGGCUGCAGAGGCUACAAAGGCCAAGCCGGAGGCUGCGAAAGCCCCGAAGAAGGACGCGGGAGACGAGCUGGCCGAGUUGUUUGCCAGCCUCAACACCUUCCCGGACUUCCUCAAGGAAAUGAUGGCGGCGCCGGUGCAGGUCCUGCUGGCGGUGGACGCGGUGGACGCGGCGGCCCUGGCUCGCAGCAGCGGCUGCAGUCCGGAGGAGGCCCUGAAGGCGCUGGACGGACUGGCGGUGGUGAAGGCGGCUGCAGACGCGCUGGCAACGCCUGAGGAGAAGGCGGCGGAGGAAGCCGCCGCGGCUGCCGCCAGCAGGCCUGCCGCGGAUGCCGCAGCGGACGGCGGCAGCGCCGCACCUGAGGGCGCCGAGGCCGGCAAGGCGGAGGGCGCAGCCAAUGCCGAAGGCGAUGCCGGCGAAGACACUGGCGCCGGCUCCGCCAGCAGCAGCGGAGACGCUGUGGCCGAAACACCCACCUCAGGAGCAGCACCCGCAGCACCCGCAGCACCGGCAGCACCUGCAGCCAAGACGUCAACGUCAGGUGAUGCCCCCGGCGGCGCUGCUGCCGCCGGCGGCGAGGCGGCUGCGCCCGCUGCAGGGCUGGUGCCCAGCCCGCAGCAGCUGACGCGGUCGCUGGGCAACCUGUCCAACCUCGUCCAGGACUAUCCGGGAUUGCGGACAGCCGCCAUGGCGCGAGGCGCGCCGGCCUGGCUCCUCCGCAUCCUGGCGUGCCACACAGAGCGCACCGCCGCCGCCAACGCCGCCCUGGCGCUGGCGGCGCUCGCCGCCGGCCCGCCGCCGCACAAGACCUCCCUCAUCGCCACCGGUGUGGUGGACGGCUUGUUGGACGCCAUGCGCGGCCGGACGGCGGCGCACGAGGCGGCGGGCGGCGACGCGCCGGGGGUGGCGGUGAACGCGUGCAACGGCAUCGCCAACCUGUGCAACGGGCACGGCGCGGGCGCGGCGGCGGUGGUGGCGGCGGGCGGGAUUGAGGUGAUCCUUGGGCUGUGCGGCGUGGAAUGCGCUGCCAACGUGCGCACCAACGCCGCCGGCAUUCUGGUGCAGCUGGGCGGCGCACACGAGUCCUACCGGGCCGCCGUUGUGCAGGCGGGUGGUGUGCCGGCGCUGGCGGCGGGCCUGCUGCGUGGCCCCGAUGCGCCGGCCUGCAACGCCGUCACCGCCCUGUACAACCUGGCAGUGCUGACCCCGCCCAACCUACGGCCCCUUAUGGCGGCGCCGUCGGGGCAGCUGUCGAUCGUACGGCAGCUGUUGCUGUGCAUGGCCGGCCGCGACGGCACCGGCGCCGGAGACGAGUCCGUGGCGGCCUCCUCCUCGGCGCGCAUCAACGCCUCGGCCCUGCUUCUGGAGCUGUGCAAGGACCCGGCGGCGGCGCCCGGGCUGGCGGCGGCGGAGGCCGAGGGCGGGCUGGGCGUGCCGGCGGCGCUGGCGGCGCUGGCGGCCGGCAGGCUGCCGCCGCCUCCUCCCGGCUCCUCGCCUUCUGCGGGCGACACGCUGUCUGCGGGCGUGGAGCUGCUGUACCCGGUGCCGGCGGUGGUGCGCGGCAAUGCGCUGCUGAGCCUGCUGGCGCUGGCGCGCAUGGGGCCGGCCAUGCAGUUGGAGCUGGGCCGCUGCGGCGCGCUGGGCACACUGCUGGAGCUGAUUGCGCCGGGCCAGGACCCAGCCAUGCAGGUCAACUCGGCCAACGCGCUGUGCUCCCUGGCCGCCGCCAACCCCGACAUCCACUCCGCCCUGGUGGAGGCCAGAUGCGUGCCGCUCAUGGCCGGACUGCUGCUGCAGGGAGGCGACAUGGCCCGCGCCAACGUGUGUGCGGUGUUCGUGACCAUGAUGCGCGAUGCCCAGGCGCGGCAGCAGCUGCAGGAGUGCGGCGGCCUGUCUGGGCUGGUGCGGCUGACUGCGGCGGUGAUGGAUGAGCGCAAGGCGUCAGGUGUGGUGGGCGCGCUGGCGACCGACCCGGCGGGUCUGCUGUGCAACUGCGUGGGCGCGCUGGCGGAGGCGUGCAAGCACCCGGAGCUGAGGAGGGGCAUCAUGCAGCUGGAGUUUGGCGAGAGCCUGCGUACACUGCUGCAGUGUGUGGUGGACGGACCCGAACCGGCGCAGGUCAACGCCGCGGCGGCGCUGUGCUUCCUGUGCCGUGAGCAGGCGUGUGCGCUUCAGCUGGAGCGCCUGCAUGGCCACGAGAUCUUGAAGGAGAUCGUGGGGCCAGAGGACCCUGACGGGGAGGCGCCCGUGCUGCCGGGAGGGCCUUCCCGUCGCCUACGACACAACGCCCGCAGGGCCCUGGCGCGAAUGGAGGACCAGAUAUCAACCGCUGACGACACAGCCAAGGCAGCAGCCGACCGCCGCGCUGCCGCCGUGGCGGCCGCGCGCGCCGCCGCCGCAGCUGAGGCCGCCGCCGCAGCUGCCGCCGCCGGCGAAUCGGAGCCGGUGGCGCCCGCGCCGCCGCGGUCGGGCUGGCAGGGGGAUGCGGCGGAUUUGGAUCCCACCAUUGGACUGCAACCGCUUCCCGGGGCAGCAGCGGCGGGUGCUGGAGCUGGCGCUGGUGCUGGUGAUGGCACGUCGCAGGCGGCUGCAGCAGCGCCCGUUGCGGGUGCAGAUGCGGGUGUGAAUGUGGAUGUGCAGCAUCAGGACGAAGAGGGCGAGGACGAGAUUGCCACGGUCAUCAGUCCGCCGCAGCCGCUGUCGUCGUACUGAUGUGUCGCGGGGUUGUGAUACGGUAGUGCCAGAUCCUGUGUUCGGUCGUAUUUCAUGUUUUCUGUGCGCAUAUAUACCGGAGAGUCUGCCAAUUCACAGAUGAUCAUAAGUUUGACGCCUUGCCAUGCCUCGCCCUAGCAUGCCAUUGUCUUUCAUGGUAGGUGGCGCCGUGAUACGGUGCGGUGGUGGGGACUCACACACAGACUGCGUUGUUGGGUGCCGAGGACGACGAGAAACCCGUCCGGACGUUGCGCUGCAGAUCCUCCUUUCAGGCUGUACCCGCAGUGGCACUUUGGUGGGGCGGUCUCGACUGAUAGAUCCGUGCCUGUCGGGUUCGCACUGGCGUUUCAGUUACGCUGCGGUGUGACAGUCAAUCGCGCGCCGUCCGUUGCAACAAUCAUUUGCGCUGCUACCUCGAUUUGAUUUUGACACUCGCAAGCUGUGAUGGAACAGCCAGAUGACUUUCAGCUGUUAGUCAGCCCUGCCCAUCG